UGUCAAAUGUAAUAUCAUUGAUUAUAUUAGUGUCUCUGGUGUACUUCUUAGUAAUUAAACGAAAAUGUUACAGUUAAGUGUAUCAAGUUCAACAGUGUUGGAGCUCUUGUGUACAUUCAUCACAAUCUCUGUGUUAACAUGGUACAUCUACUACCUCUACUGCUUCAACUACUGGAAGAAGAAGAGAGUUCCAACCAUCGCCCCUCGAUUUCCAGCUGGUAACAUCCUGAAACCAAUCAUAGGCAAAGAAAACCUUUUUGACGCGAUUGCUGACUACUACAAAGACUUUAAAAGCCAAGGACACAAACACGCUGGCUUGUACUUUUUCAAUGGUCCCAUAUACUUCCCCAUCGACCCCGAAAUAAUAAAAAACAUCUUAACCACCGACUUUGACCAUUUCAUGGACCGAGGGAUAUACUUCGACGAAGAAAAAUUCCCUCUUAGUGGCCACUUAUUCUCAAUCGAAGGCUCAAAAUGGCGAAAUCUGCGUACCAAACUAUCUCCAACUUUCACAUCCGGAAAACUGAAAACCAUGUACGAAAUUUUCGUCAAAAUGACCGAAAAUUUCGUACGCACCAUUGAACCAACAGCUCAGAAAGGUGGCGAAGUUAAUAUUAAAUACGUGUCGGCAAAUUUUACAGCUGAUUUGAUCUUAUCAACCGCCUUUGGUUUAGAGGGUAACACCUUAAAGAAUCCUGAUAAUGAACUAGCAAAAAUUAUAACGAAGCUGUUCGAUGUUCCGACGUGGGACUUUGUUAAAACUGUCAUCGUUGAAGGAUUUCAGAAUCCUGGUAACAUAGUGAGGGGGCUUUUGAACAACAGAUCAAACGAAUACUUUUUCACUGAAAUCCUCAAAAACGCGGUUAAGCAGAGGGAUGAAAGUAAUAUCACCAGGAAAGACUUUUUGUCAUUACUGCUUGAAGUUCGGGACAGGGAAGGACUGAAUUUUAACGAAAUCCUCGCUCAGUGUUUCUUGUUCUUUUUGGCUGGAUUUGAAACGUCUUCACAAACCAUUAGUUACUGCAUCCAUAACUUGGCUCACAACCAGGAAAUACAAGAGAGGCUUCGUAGCGAAAUUUUUGACAAUUUGGGAAAAGAUUACACAAAGUACUCUUACGAAGACAUUUUCAAUUUACCGUAUCUGGACCAAGUUUUCAACGAGACUUUACGUUUGCACCCUGUUUUGGGUUUCCUUAAUCGAAUUUGCGUAAAGAACUACACAGUUCCUGGAACCAACGUCGUCAUCGAGGAAGGGACACCGGUUUUAAUUCCAGUUUUGGGACUGCAACGAGAUCCUGAGUACUUUCCUGAUCCUUUAAAGUUUGAUCCUGAAAGAUUCGGUAAGGAUCAGUCGCAAGUACCUUUUACUUUUAUGCCUUUUGGUGACGGUCCUAGAUUUUGUAUUGGGAUGCGAUAUGGCAAACUUCAGGUCAAGUUAGGACUUGCUGCUUUGUUAUCACAGUUCAAGUUUCUUCCCAGUCCAAAUACUCCAAAGACUAUCCAGCUGGAUAAAUAUUCCAAAUCACUUGUCAUGACACCUUUGAAGGGGAUCACAGUUAAGGUGGAAAAGUUGCAAGGUACAGUGAGAUCUACAGGUUAACAACUAUUCAAUUUUUAAUAGUUGUUUGGUUUCUUUUAAUAUUCCAACCACAAAUUCAGUAUUCUAUAAGGAUCUAAU